UGAUGAACGAUAAAUCAGAUAUAAGACACUUGGAGUCUCCCAUCUCUAGGAAUGUGCCGCUCGUUUUCUGGAAUUAUUUUAAACGAAAUCGCAGCUCGCUGCUAGAAUUUGUUCAAAAUACAUACUGUACGCAAAUAAAAUCUAACAAAAUGGAUCAGAUUUUGAACAAGGAAAACACCGGCAUUAAUUUACCGGCUAACCCAAUGAAAAAUGGAGUCCAAGCUAAUUCCGUAUUGAAGAAACCACUUGGGAAACUUGACAAUGUGAUGCACCAAACUCCUGGAAUAACCCCCUUCAAAGGCACUACUCUGAAACUAGAGGGUAGUAUCGCCAAGCUUUCGCUGCGAAAGGCUUCUAAACAAAAUGUGAUUCACAAGGAUCGAGAGGAAGUCAGGUAUAAAACAAAUAGCUGCUUUUUGGGCGCCUACGUUUUGAAUUGCGAAUCCAGAGUCGUAAAUUUGUUCAAUUAUACUGACUUUCCAAACGGGAAAUGUUUAAAGAACUGCAGCAAGCCGGUUACAGAGACCUGGUCCGAAAAUCAACCGGGUUAUGAAGGGCUAUUGAAUCAACUUUAUCUUGAUCUUCGAACAUUGGAGAACCAUUUGGAAAAUAAGUGCCUUCCGCCCCUAGAUUUUAAUGACCUGCCAUACAUAUAUAACUCAGAAUACAUGGAGGCUGCAGACCCUGAAUACGGAUUAGAUUUAUUUCCCCCAAUGCCCAAUUUGGAAGGCAUUGAUAUUCUAUUUUAGUUCCUUGUUUAAAAGUUCGUUGCUUAUAGUUUCACAAUCUUAAACUUGGUACCUUUAUAAUACUGAAUGAAUAUUUAUUAAUGUUAAUCUAGGUAAACGUUAAAACCAUUAGCUGUCCAAGUUUGUUGUCUCAUUUUCUAAUCAGAUUUGCGAAAAAAAAUGUUAUAUAAGUCUACCUCCGCCAAAUACAACAAAAGUUGUUUGACAUUUUGUACGCUCCAAUAGAUUUAGUAGUUAAAAAACCGACAAAUGCAUAUAAUGUACACAUUAAGGACUCAACAGACAACUAUAUAUGAUGUAAAUAAUUAAUUUAAUUGAAAUUAAGUAAGUAAGGGCAACCAUUGUACUCGUUAGGAAGUGA